AUCCAAAUAAAGUAUUGAAAAUUAGUCAAAUUCAUGGUUCUAUUACAUAUGCUCAUCGAUUAACUGAAGCAAAGGCAAUUAAAGAAAGAUAUUCAGCAAAUAUAGCAAUUCCAUCUAAUGAAAAUGAAAACUUGCAUGAAGAUACUAAAGAAACACAAGAUUUAUUAGAUGAUUGUUUUAUUCAUCCUGUGCAUGAUCCGACUGCUAAAUGGAAGUUAGCAAAAUUGUUUGUAGAAGACUUAGAAGCACUGCUUUAUUUUUAUCAAUCUGAAAAUGAGUAA